UGAAAGCCUGCUAUCCACUCCGCCUACACGAACGGUGGGGGGGAGAAGAAGAGCAAGAAGAAAGAGAGAGCAGCAGUGGUGCGGAUUCUUGCUGUGUCCGGAAAAAAAGAGGAAGAAAAGGGUAAUUACUAAUCGCCGAACGAUGAUCUCCAGCGUCUCGGAUGCACCUUCGGUGUGAAAACUCAGUCGGAGUGUAAGCUGAUAUCGCAGCUCCACUAAAACAAGCGAGAAGAUGGCGAACGAUUCUCCAGCGAAAAGCCUGGUGGAUAUAGACCUCGCCUCUUUGCGGGACCCCGCUGGGAUAUUUGAGCUGGUUGAGGUGGUGGGCAAUGGCACAUAUGGACAAGUCUACAAGGGUCGGCAUGUCAAAACAGGACAGUUGGCGGCCAUCAAGGUCAUGGAUGUCACAGAGGAUGAAGAGGAAGAAAUCAAGUUGGAGAUUAAUAUGUUGAAGAAAUAUUCUCACCAUCGCAACAUCGCAACCUACUAUGGAGCCUUCAUCAAAAAAAGCCCGCCAGGACACGAUGACCAGCUCUGGUUGGUGAUGGAGUUCUGUGGUGCUGGCUCCAUCACAGACCUGGUAAAGAACACUAAAGGAAACUGGCUGAAGGAAGACUGGAUCGCGUACAUCUCCAGAGAAAUCCUCAGGGGCCUGGCUCAUCUACAUGCCCAUCAUGUCAUCCACAGAGAUAUUAAAGGGCAAAACGUGCUGCUGACUGAAAACGCAGAAGUUAAAUUGGUGGACUUUGGUGUGAGCGCUCAGCUGGACCGCACCGUGGGCCGCAGGAACACCUUCAUCGGCACACCCUACUGGAUGGCACCCGAGGUCAUUGCCUGCGAUGAAAACCCAGAUGCUACCUAUGACUACCGGAGUGAUUUGUGGUCUUGUGGAAUCACGGCUAUAGAGAUGGCUGAGGGAGCACCGCCGCUGUGUGACAUGCAUCCGAUGCGAGCGCUCUUCCUCAUCCCCAGAAACCCUCCACCUAGACUCAAGUCCAAGAAAUGGUCCAAGAAGUUCUUUAACUUUAUUGAAAGCUGUCUGGUGAAGAACUACACUCAGAGGCCAACCACCGAGCAGCUCCUGAAACACCCAUUCAUCCGAGACCAGCCGAACGAGAGACAAGUGCGUAUCCAGCUCAAAGAUCACAUCGACCGCACCCGCAAAAAGAGGGGAGAGAAAGAUGAAACAGAGUAUGAAUACAGUGGCAGUGAGGAAGAGGAGGAGGAAGCUCCAGAGCAGGAGGGAGAACCAAGCUCCAUUGUGAACGUGCCAGGUGAGUCGACUCUGCGGCGGGACUUUAUACGUCUGCAGCAGGAGAACAAGGAACGUUCGGAGGCACUGAGGAGGCAGCAGCUCCUGCAAGAACAGCAGCUUCGUGAGCAGGAGGAGUACAAACGCCAACUUCUGGCCGAGCGCCAGAAACGUAUCGAGCAACAGAAGGAGCAACGGAGGAGGCUUGAGGAGCAACAGCGACGUGAGCGAGAGAUGAGGAGGCAGCAGGAGAGAGAGCAGCGGAGGCGCGAGCAGGAAGAGAAGAGACGUCUAGAGGAGAUUGAACGCAGACGCAAGGAAGAGGAGGAGCGCAGGAGAGCCGAGGAGGAGAAAAGGAGAGCAGACCGUGAACAGGAGUACAUCAGGCGGCAGCUGGAAGAGGAGCAGAGACAUCUGGAAAUUCUCCAGCAGCAGCUUCUGCAUGAACAGGCCAUGCUGCUGGAGUUUAAGUGGAGGGAGCUGGAGGAGCAGAGACAGGCCGAGAGACUCCAGAGACAGUUACAGCAGGAGCAGGCAUACCUGCUGUCUCUUCAGCAGGCCAAAAAUCUUCAACAGCAGCCUCAAGCACAGCCCCCAACUGCAGACAAGAACAGAAGCUCCACACAGCCCCCUUCCUCAGCUCAAAGGAGCAAGAUUCCCCAGCAGCAGCAGCCUUUAUCGGAAAAGAGCAGAAAAGCUCCAGUGGAGCAAUACCAGGACAAGAGCAAGAACCAACCACUGACAAGCCAGGAAAAGUCCAGAAUCCCCCAGUUACAACAGUCUGCUGUUGAAAGGACCAAAACCCCGUCGUUACCGCAGCCAUCCACGCAGGACAGGAGCAGGAUUCCCCAGCCGCAGCAGAGCUCACAGGAAAAAAAACAAAUCCCUCAGCCUCAACAGGUUCCCUCAGAGAAGGAUCCUUUCACUCAAGACCAAUCACGGAGGAGCUCGAUCCCCCAGGAGGUACCGCCUGCACAGGACCAGGGCCAGGCCAAUCAGACACUCUUGUCAGAAUCCCAAUGCUCCGCCCCUGACUCAGAGCCAAUCAGAGAGGCAGAUGAGCGGCACCGCAGGAACGCACAAGGCUCGCCACAGGCCGCAGGAGCGCAGAAGCAGCCCCCCGCUGUCCCACCGCGAGCUGAACCCUUUUCCAAUGGCAGCGCCUCCGAGUCGUCCCAGCCUGCCAUGCACCGCCCCAUGGAACCUCAGGUGCAGUGGUCCCAGGUAGCUGCUCUAAAGAACAGCUCAGCCGCUCCUCCCUCCAUCUCCCGCUCACACUCAUUCAGUGAGUCCGCUCCCUCACUUGCUCACGUUUGUGCCCAGCAGCACCCACCAUGCCCCGAGCCACCAACCCACUCACACGAGGAACCUCCCUGGGUUCCAGUAAGAACAACCUCCAGGUCACCAGUACUCUCUCGCCGUGACGCCCCUCACCAAGGCGGCGCACCACAGAGCAACCUGCCAGCUCAGAAGAAUAUCGGAAGUAACGCAGAUCCACGAUUGCUCUGGGAGCGGGUAGAGAGGAUGGCCCCCAGGCCUAGCAGCAGCAGCUCAUCAGGGUCUAGUUCCACAUCCAGUAACUCCAACACUGGGUCAGGAGAGAGAUUCAGACCCCGCACCUCUUCUAAGUCUGAGGGCUCUCAACAGUGGCCAGAGCACGUGUCCAAAAAAGCAGACGAGAAGAAGGAUGUAGCUCGGCCUGGGCGUCCGGUGGAUUUGACAGCACUGGCCAAAGAGCUGCGUGCUGUGGAGGAUGUGAGACCACCACACAAGGUCACCGAUUACUCUUCCUCUAGUGAUGACUCGGGAACCACCGAUGAUGAGGAUGACGAAGAGGUGGAUCAGGAAGGAGGAGAGGAGUCCACCUCAGGCCCAGAGGACUUGCGUGGAGGCUCAUCCAGACUGAGCAAUGGUGAGACAGAGUCUGUGAAGACAAUGGUUGUCCAUGAAGAUGGUGAUGAUGCCUCCUCCACCCCGUGCAAAGACAGCACUCUAGUUGUGCGACAGAGCACAGGUGAUGUAAAAAAGCGCCCAGUGCCCACACCAGCCUCGAGCUUUAGUGACCGGAAUGAUCGGAAUGGCUAUUCGGGCCGAAUUCACCUCUUGCCCGACCUGCUCCAGCAGAGUCAGCCCUCGCCCCCUUCUUCCUGCCCUUCCACCCCUUCCUCCACAUCCUCAUGCCACAGCAGUCCUGCCCUGUCCCCUCUUGCUACCCCGGACAGACUGCCCUGCCCUAUUGAGUCACAGUCCGCCACAAUGCAGAAGCACAAGUCCUCCUCUUCCUUCACUCCUUUCAUCGACCCACGCCUGCUCCAGAUCUCUCCGUCCACCGGCAGCGCUCUCAACAAUGUGGGUUAUGGGAAUGAUGCAAGGCUGCAGGAGGCGCUGAGACAGGAUGCGUCGCGCAAAGGCUCCGUGGUGAACGUAAACCCAGUCAACACUCGACCACAGAGUGACACACCGGAGAUCCGCAAGUACAAGAAGAGGUUCAACUCUGAGAUCCUGUGUGCCGCUCUGUGGGGUGUGAAUCUGCUGGUCGGGACAGAGAGCGGUCUGAUGCUGCUUGAUCGUAGCGGUCAAGGGAAGGUCUAUCCCCUCAUCAACCGCAGACGUUUUCAGCAAAUGGAUGUCCUGGAGGGCUUAAAUGUGCUGGUGACCAUAUCAGGGAAAAAGAAUAAAUUGCGGGUGUACUACUUGUCCUGGCUGAGGAACAAGAUUCUUCACAACGACCCAGAGGUGGAGAAAAAGCAGGGAUGGACCACUGUAGGGGAACUGGAGGGGUGUGUCCACUACAAAGUUGUGAAAUAUGAGAGAAUCAAGUUCCUGGUCCUUGCACUGAAGAACUCUGUAGAGGUGUAUGCCUGGGCUCCGAAGCCCUAUCACAAAUUUAUGGCUUUCAAGUCAUUUGGUGACCUGGUACACAAGCCCCUCCUGGUGGACCUGACUGUAGAGGAAGGUCAGAGGUUAAAGGUCAUCUACGGGUCCUGCUCAGGGUUCCAUGCUGUGGACGUGGACUCAGGAGCUGUAUAUGACAUCUACCUGCCCACUCAUAUCCAGACCAGUAUUCAGUCACAUGCCAUAAUCAUUCUCCCAAACACUGACGGCAUCGAGCUGCUUGUGUGUUAUGAGGACGAGGGCGUGUACGUCAACACCUACGGCCGCAUCACAAAAGACGUAGUGCUCCAGUGGGGAGAGAUGCCUACCUCUGUGGCAUACAUUCGCUCCAACCAGAUCAUGGGCUGGGGAGAAAAGGCCAUAGAGAUUCGCUCUGUCGAGACUGGACACCUGGAUGGAGUUUUCAUGCAUAAGAGAGCUCAGAGACUGAAGUUCCUCUGUGAACGCAAUGACAAGGUUUUCUUUGCGUCAGUGCGUUCCGGAGGUUCCAGCCAGGUCUACUUCAUGACACUAGGACGCACAUCCUUACUCAGCUGGUAAACACUCCCACUCAGCCUGGAAUGACGACAUCCCUUUUUACAAGAUGGCAGCGUCGGGAAAACCUACAACCACCACACAUCUAAAGUACAACCAGAGAUCCUCAGUGUGACGAGCAGAAACCACGUUACGCUAAAUGACCCUCACCUGCUGUCAUAAACUGGACUGAGUAGCUGUCAAGAAAUUUAGAUGAAGAAAAAAAAUAAAAAUAAACAAGUGUGAGAAAGGGAGAAGGUUCUGGGUGACAGGUUUUAUCUUACAGUAUUAUUGCUAGCCUGUGUACAUGUUUUCCUUCUGUAGAAAUCCCUGAUUGACCAAGUGGUAGAGUGAGGGUAUAACUGAUGGGGGAAAUACGUCGUAGUUUCAGAACAGAAGGUAAAAUGAAGCGCGUGUGUGUUUAUUCGGUGGGUCCUGGGAAAGUGAAGUGUAUUCAUGUUAUGGACAGGUAUGUGUGUGUGAGACGCGUCGAGGACGGAGAUGGACCACGAAAGAAUAUUUUAAUGCUAUUAUUAUUAUUAUUAUUAUUAUUCACUAAAUAUGCAGAUUCUCGUAAUCUUCUACCUGUGAUUUUAAGGCUCACACGUUCUCAUUCUCACUGUUCUCUGUAUUCUUCAUUUCACUGAAGCCCAAGUCGACACCCUAAUUUUUUUUUUUAUUUGUAUUUUUAAAAUUUUUUUUUUUUUUUUAAGUCAGAGAGAGCCACAAGCAUGGACUUUUGCAUAUUAAUUCGUGACCCCAACUCCUCCGUCUCACCUGACAGCUGAGCAUUGGCACUCUCUCGCCUCUAGUUAGUUUUAUAGACUGCGUGUGAAAUGACACCUGCUGUGAAUGUGUGAUAUGAAAUUGAAAGGAAGUAGUGAGGUGUUCCUUCAGUCAUGUGAGCAGAUUCAGUGAAAUUUUGGAUUCAGUCACAGCUUGUGAUGAGGAGGAACAUCUGACCCAGAAAACUUCUGUUCAUGCCAUUACGUGGAUGACAUGACGUGAUGUUUUUUUGUUUUUGUUUUUUCCCCUUGGAUUUUUCCAGAUAUAUACGAUGCACUAAGUGGGAAUGUAGUGUGAAAAUACUGUCUGUUCUUGUGCUAAAAGUUGAAAGGCAUGACUCCACGCUGUUUUAUUUUCUUCCUUUGACAAUGUUUAACAGAGUAACAAUUUACAAACUGAGCCGUCUGAGUCUAUAGUGCGUGUCUUUGGAGUUGUUCACCGUUGUACGCAGUCAUUUGUGUUCAGCAUCAUCUCUUCACUGUUCCGUUUCAGUCCAAUCCAGACUGUAAGGGUAUCUGACCUCCUCAGUGUUGCGUACAUUCAGCAUGAUCAGUGUGAUUUUCUCCGCCUUCUCCGUGGGUUCCUGUCAGGUGACCUGCCGCUUGUUGAUAUUAAACAUGUUCCUUUAGAGCGUAAUACAGCGUUGUGUGUUACUGAAGGUGUUUCAGCUGUACAGCUUGGUGUAUAUGUGAUUCUGAGGAGAGCAAUAGCAAUCUCACCACACACACACAGACACACACCCCUCACACAUACAGCCUAGUACUGUCCUGUUUCAUUGCUCUUCUCUCUGUAGAUCUCUUUCAGUUUAUAAACUGCCAACAUUUUGUCAGUUCUUAAACACACUCUUUCAAAACAACACAGCUGCUGUUACUCCACAAAAUAAACACUGCAAUGUGGUUUAUACAUUUUAGUCCUUCAGUAUGGACACACGAAUUAAACUGAUAUUACAGCUAGCAGAUUUUUUUUUUUAAGAGUGUGUGUGUGUACUAUAUUUACAUAAUGAAGGCUAACACUGUGGGGUUUUUGGGUCCAUCAUCAGAUAUUUUUCAUGUCUUUUCCCUUCAGUUUUACAAUUAUGCUCCUACACACACACACGGACCAUUCACCACCAUAUUUUUUGUUAGGUGCUUUUAUUAAAUUGUUUGUAUAAUUUUAUUUAAUGCUAAUAAGUAUUAAUUAUUGUUCAAGUUUAGAUUUCCUUUCAGCUUCAUGCAAAAAGAUUACGGCUUGCAGUUUUUGCAUAAGAAAAUAAACCAAUUCUGCUCCAAUAACAAAAAGCAGAAACUUAAGACCUGACGUUAAGGAACCACUACAUGAAACACAAACUUGUUCUGUUGUUUUUCUUUUCUCAGAGCUCCGAGUGCUCCAGUUCUAGAUAUAGUUAAGAAGCUUAACUAUAGCCUAUUUCUCUACUGUUCAUUUCAGUCUCUACAGCCGUACAGCGAGUCGAGUGCAGUCGUAAUGUAGUGCUCACUUAAUAUAAUGUUCACCUGUUGAGGAAAAUGUUUACAGAUGCAAACGUUGAGCUACACUAAUGUUCAAUUUAUUUAUGUUUUCUCUUACAGAACUCUUAGCUUUUUUGUAUUGACUUUUUUUUUUGUCAGUAUUUCUCUUCUCAGUUGUUUAAGGCUAAUAACUCGGACAGAUAAUGAUGUUUAAUGGAUAACGACGUUUCAGAACCGUUCCCGGCUGAUCUGGAUGUCUGUGUUUCAGUCGUGGCACUGUAUCAUUUGUCCUCUCUGUGUAUGGCAGGAAGUCCUGUAUUUUUCUGAUGGUCCUUUUGUUUUUUGGGUUUUUUUUUUUUGUUUUUUUUUCCCUUUGAAAAUAAAUUCCUAAAGUAACUUAA